CCCUUUUUUUCAUCUACUAUAGUAUAAUCAUGCUGACCUUCGGCAGGACAACCGAAGCCCCUGUGCUUCCUCCAGACCAUCCUCUGCGAACCGCCUUUUCGCGAUAUGGAACCUGGGUUGCCCGCCAUGUCAAGACAGUGCUACCCAUGUCGGUAGCGCUCGUCUUCCUCCUGCUUUAUCCCAUCUUUUUUCUCUACACGACAGACGCCACCAAUGUUACUAGCGGGGUGUCUAACCUUCCUCACCAUGUCUGGACUGAUGCUCAGCCGCUUAGUGAACGUGCUGUCGCAGAGCCCGACGUCAUCAUGCGUUCCAUCUGGGUGCACGGCAGCUACAUGAAAGCGCUAGAUCGCGAGAUUCUGCUGGGAGCUCUGGAACUGCAGAAUACACUCCUGGGACCGACCACCGACUUCAACCCUCGCCGACCGCACGCACCUCGUAUCUUACCCGAUGACCCUACGGUUGACAUGACUAGGGACCAAAGGGAUGCUUUCCAUGUCGUCAAUGGUUUGACGGAUCAGUCAUGGUUCUUCCACUCGCCUCUACAGUACUGGGGUGGUUCUGCCGAUAAUAUCGUUGCAGACAAGGACAUCAUCUUCACUGUCAACGAGAAGAAGACCCAGUCAACUUCGGUUAACGUAACUUUGCGGCACUCGAUUGUCUUCAGCGGGAAGCGUUUCGAAGAACGGAGACUUGUUGCGGCCGACGCUCUGGUUAUCACCUUGAUUCAUCUCAAGGAUUCACCCCUCGGUCGACAGUGGGUGAGAAACGCCGAGAGACUGGCUGCGCAGGUGCAUGACAAGUGGACAGUCAUUCCGCAUGACGGCAAAAGCAUGGCGAGCCAGUUGUACGAGUUCCAGUUUCGGCCAAUGUCAUGGCCUGACUGGUUUCUCUUGACCAUCGCUUACUCCCUCACCCUGUUUUACCUCCUUCUCAGCCUUUCCAAGCUCCGCGCCGUCAAGUCCAGAUUUGGGCUCAUGGUUACUAUCCUGGCACAGAUCGCGGCUUCGAUCGGCUCCAGCUUGACAAUCUGCGCCAUCUUUAAGAUCGACCUCUCUCGCGUUCCAUACUAUGCCUACCCGCUUGUGGUUCUGGCUAUCAGUAUGGAGAACUCUUUCCGGCUGAUCAAUGCCGUCAUCAUCACCUGUUCGUCCAUCAGCAUCAGCGAUAGGAUAGGAGAGGCUUUCGGCCAGACCGCUUAUGUUGCCGUCGCCAACAGGUUGCAGAACCUGGCUAUCCUCCUCGGCCUUUCCAGGAUCACGUUCCCGGGUGUUGCUGCGUUCUGCACGUUUGCUGCAGUUGCCAUUGCCUUCGAUUUUCUCUACCUCGCAACCUUCUUCCUAGCGGUUCUCAGCGUGGAUGUGCGCCAGCGAGAACUCUACGAGCUAGAAAAGGCUUCGGUGAGAAAAACCAACGCCGUCGAUGAGACCACCUUGCUCGAUCGUAUCCGCCGGAUUCGCCAUAGUGGGGCGACCGUAUCAACUCGGGUUGCUGGUACCAUUGUCAUUCUUGGCUUCAUCUUGCUUGCGCAGUCUCACUAUGCGCUAGAGAGCGGCAGCCAGUGGCUCAAUUGGAUAAUCACGAGAUCGUGGAGGGUCGCCGAACCUGUCAUCUCCAAGUCCUCACUCUUGGUCGACAUCCAUCAAGCCAGAAGCCCCACGUCGUGGCUCCGCCUCCAGGACCAUGAAACUGCGCGAGAAGUCAUCAAUGUGGUCAAACCAUGGGCGCACAGUUACGUUGCGCGCGUGUACGAACCACUGAUUUUUGUGGCAAAGGGCGCCGAUCGCAUUCCCCACAGCCCGGAACCAAUGUUCUUGCCAGCUGUGUACGACUUCAUUCACAACGAGAUUCCGCGCUUCGUGGUAUUCAUGUUGACGCUGGUGGCCCUGCUUCUGCUUCUUACCAACUACCUCCUGCAGGGCAAUGACAAGCAUGCAGGUGAUCCUGACCAUCCUGAUAAUGAGCCUCUGCUGUCAGUGCGCUCUCUCAGCCAUGGCCAUGACCUUGAUGUCGUCAAGAUGGCUGUUUCACCCGGAAACAAGCUUGUUUCGGUGGGAUUGGACCGGAACAUCCAAAUUUGGGACGUACCCCUGAACUCGCGAACGCGCGUAAUGUCAGAUUCCGAAACUCCUCUGGAGAAUCCGUUCCCGGUCUUGGCUAUGGCCAUAGAUGGUGACUCGAAGUGGUUGGCUUUGCUGACAUGGCAGAGGGUCCUGCUUUGGGAUACUGAAGAGCAGCAGUGGGGAUUAUCGAUCGAGGUCGAACUAGGUGGCCACAAACCUGAAGCCGUGUUCUUCAACUAUGCGAACAAGAAUUUGGAUUCGCCGUCUCUUGUCAUCGUGAGAAAGAACGGCACGAUGUUUGAGCUGGACCUUGAAGGUGGGGCAUCCAAGGAGUUUACUAUAUGUAAGACUCCUUUUGCCAUGGCGCUGCCAUUUGCAGAGCUCACCACUCAAAAUCAACUCAGCCAGUCGCUUUCCAUCUUGACACUAUCACGUAAAAGCUGCAUCCACAUAGCAAGACAGCAAGCCGGCGGGUGGACUUCCAAGGAAGUGAAGAUCACGACAGGCGAGGCAAAGGACAUCCACUCUAUCGUCCCUGCACCUGACCUGUCCAUGUAUCUCAUCUGCAGAUCCCGCUCGGUUGACCUAGUCGAUCUUGAAUCGUCGGCCGUCAUCCAGACCUUCAACACCGAACUCAUGGAGCCACGAUCAUUGAAGCUUUUGCUCUCCUCUCGUGGAGCCCCGCAACACGGGCUGCCGCCGUUGUCGCUAUGCUACAUCAGCUUGGAGACGGGCGAUCUCGUGAUUCAGACCUUCCACCGAGCAGACGAGGCCGACCCCAUGCAUCACCCCAAGGAUUAUGCCCCCGAAGCGCCUCGCCAGCCAUGGGAUGAGGAGAAGGAAGUAAAGAAGCGAAUUGAGAACCCAGGCCGCUGGGAGAUGCUCCCGAACGGAGGUAUCGUAGGUGUCAGACGAGUACCUGUGGCAUCUUCGUCGUCGUCGUCACGGCGUAGAAGCUUCCAGGCGGUGUCGUCAGGAGCCGGAGUUGGAAGUGGUUUGCGACGACGUGGAGGAGCAGCAGCAGCAGCAGCAGCAGCAGGAAGCAGCACAGCUGACGCCACUGAUGCCACAACUCCAGACAUAGGCACGACGAGAUGGGAGGCCUGGGCCUUUAACAACCUCGAAAGUGCCAAGACAAAGGGGAUCGAGACCCAGCCGCUUGACCAACAAGCAGACGAGGAGGAUACGAUGUAUGAUAACUUGUUGGUGUCAGAGCUGGGGCCCAUGGUGAGGCUGGGCACCGCGAGUGUGGCGGUGGGGCUUGGAAAUGUGAUCAAGGUGAUCAGUGUUGGACACGAGCAUUUUGAUAAGGUGGUCACGAGGGACCGGUUGACGGCGGAGAACUUGAGGAAUCAGAACUUUGGUAGACGGAGGAAGACGGGGGUGGCGGCUCAUAGAACAAGGGGAGGGUUGGGAGGAUGUGGCGCGGCUCCUGGUGCUGGUAUUUGAUUGUAGAGAUAGAAAAGGUAACUAGAGUUGGAGUAACGGGUAUGGGAAUGGGGAAUGGGGUCAUUGAUAUAAAGUAGAAAUACCAAUAUGCUCUUUGCUG